CAACGCCGGCCAUAAAACCCGAGCCCAAUUGCCAAAACCCAGCUGCAGCUGUAACGACGUGUUUAUAAAAAUCAAACGCCGUCAAAACAAAUGCUCGCACUCCGCCUCCGCCUGCUUCCCACCAUGACGAUCGGCGCCACCGCAGCUCUAUCGUCCCCGUCUUUCCUUGCGGCGAGGAGUAACCCUAGAUUGUCAAUUCCUCACAAUCCGAAACUCUCCAGUGACAUAUUUUGCUCGAAUCGUCUUUCUCUCUCCACUCGCUUCUCCAAUGGUUCCGUUCGCUGCUUCGCGGCGGUGGCCGCCGCUCCCGAGAAGGUUCGAGUGCAGAGCCCCAUCGUAGAAAUGGACGGCGAUGAAAUGACCCGAGUUAUAUGGAAAAUGAUCAAAGAUAAGUUGAUAUUUCCACAUCUGGAAUUGGAUAUAAAGUAUUUUGACCUAGGGGUAUUGAACCGUGACGCGACCGAUGAUAAAGUCACGGUAGAGAGUGCAGAAGCGGCUCUCGAGUACAAUGUUGCCAUAAAAUGUGCUACAAUUACUCCAGAUGAGGCCCGAGUCAAGGAAUUUGGACUAAAAAAUAUGUGGAGGAGUCCCAAUGGCACAAUCAGAAACAUAUUAAAUGGAACUGUAUUCCGCGAGCCUAUCUUGUGCCAGAAUAUUCCCAGACUAGUUCCUGGCUGGAAAAAACCCAUUUGUAUUGGCCGACAUGCCUUCGGCGAUCAGUAUCGUGCCACUGACACAAUAAUACCAGGACCUGGAAAGCUGAAAAUGAUUUUUGCGCCAGAAAACGGGGGUGAACCCAUAGAGCUGGAUGUGUAUGAUUUUAAGGGUCCCGGUGUUGCCCUUGCUAUGUAUAACAUUGAUCAGUCUAUUCGAGCAUUUGCUGAAUCAUCGAUGGCAAUGGCGUUAACAAAAAGGUGGCCACUCUACUUGAGCACAAAAAAUACCAUUCUUAAGAAAUACGAUGGCAGGUUCAAGGACAUAUUUCAGGAGGUGUAUGAAGAAAAUUGGAAGGCAAAGUUUGAAGAGCAUUCGAUAUGGUAUGAGCAUCGGUUGAUUGACGACAUGGUGGCCUAUGCGGUGAAGAGUGAAGGUGGAUAUGUUUGGGCCUGCAAAAACUACGACGGAGACGUUCAGAGUGAUUUACUUGCUCAAGGAUUUGGUUCUCUUGGACUCAUGACUUCUGUUUUGUUGUCUGGUGAUGGUAAGACAUUGGAAGCCGAGGCGGCUCACGGGACUGUAACACGUCAUUUUAGGCAGCAUGAGAAGGGACAAGAAACCAGCACAAACAGUAUUGCUUCCAUAUUUGCCUGGACUCGAGGAUUAGAACAUCGGGCAAAGCUUGACGGAAAUGAAAAGCUGUUAGAAUUUGCUCACAAGCUAGAAGCAGCUUGCAUGGAGACUGUCGAGUCUGGGAAAAUGACUAAAGAUCUUGCUAUUCUUAUUCACGGCCCAAAGGUUUCGAGAGAGUUUUACUUGAACACUGAAGAAUUCAUCGAUGCAGUUGCAAGCAAUCUCGAGUCAAAACUUGUUGCUCCGGCACUCGUUUAAACCUUUUGAGAACCCGUUUUGACGCCAUUGAGAAAGUAAGUAUAGAGUCUUGAAGAAACGAGGAAGUUGGAGAUUGUACAGGGAACACUUUUUUCCUCCAGUGGAAUGCAUUUUAAACUUUUACAAUCAAGCUUACCGUUGACGGUUUCGGGGAGAUAUCUGAUGGUUUGUCAGUAUAUAUAUAUAUAUAUAUAUAUAUAUAUAUAUACAUUCCAUUUUGAACUAUAAGGGGAUUUAUAUACAUUGUUGAAGAUGACUGAUACUUGGCCACUCAUGAUUAGAUUUAUUGUUCCUGAUUGUUGUGUAUAUGCCUUUAUUUCUUCGA